AUGAAUUUUGAUAACAAAUGGAAUAGUUGGAUUUCUUCGUGCUUUGACUCUGCCCAACUAUCUGUUCUUCUGAAUGGCUGCCCUACAGAAUAUUUUUUCAUGGAAAAAGGAGUCCAUCAAGGCGAUCCUAUUUCUCCUAUGCUUUUUGUUUUAGCGGUGGAAAGUUUGCGUGCAAUUUUUGAUAAAUCUUGUAAUAUGGGGAUGUUGUCUGGUAUUCGGAUUGAUGUCCUAGUCGAGGAUCUUUCCAUUCUUCAAUUCGCAGAUGACACUCUCUUGUUCCUGCCUUGUGAUUUGAGAAUGAUUGAAAUUCUUCUUCGUAUCCUGCGUUGCUUUGAAUUUAUCUCAGGUUUGAAAAUUAAUUACCAAAAGUCGUCGAUUAUUGGAAUUAAUGUUGAUGCAGUUACUAUCUCUCAAGCUUCAGACAUACUUAAGUGCAAAAUAGAUGAGUUGCCAAUCACUUAUCUAGGACUUCCGUUGUCGGAUAGAGCUGUUGGCUCUAAACUGUGGAAUCCGGUUAUUUCGAAUUUCUCAGUUCAGUUGUCUACUUGGAGAGGUAAUUUAUUGUCUCCUACAGGGAGAUUAACUCUUAUUAAGUCAGUCCUGUGUAGUAUUUCUGUUUAUUUCCUUUGCACUUUUCGCAUCCCUCAGUCUGUGGUUGUUUCUUUGGAGCGGAUAAUAAGUAGAUUUUUGUGGACUGGGAAUUCUAAUAGCAAAGGUUUCAGUAAAGUGGCUUGGCCAGACGUCUGUAUUCCUUACUCUUCAGGCGGCCUUAAUAUCACUCCUUUGCACAUUAAGAAUCAGUGUCUGUUAAUGAAGUGGAUUUGGAAAUUAAUAGCUUCUGACAGGAACUUGAUUUGGUUUGCUGUUAUUUGUAGUAGCUAUUCUUUUAUUUCCGGGUUUGAUAUUGAAUCAGUUAAUUCAAUUCAUCUUUCUCAUAUUUGGAAAGGAAUUAUUAUUUCUUGUGUUAAAAACAGUGAUCUUUGGAAUUGUUUCAAGGAAGCAGCGGUAAUGGUUUUGGGAGAUGGAAACAACAUUCGUUUUUGGCAGGAUAAAUGGACGUCGGCUCCACUCAAUCUUUCUUUUCCUGACCUGUUUCUUCUCUGUCGUAAUAAGGAAGCUACUGUUUCUGCAGUUUAUAACUCGUGCAUUUGGAAAGAAAAGGUUCCUCCGCUGAUUCAAUUUUUUGUUUGGUUGUUAGCUAGAGAUCGCAUCUCUUCAAAGGAUAAUUUAGUUAGAAGACGGUGCAAUGUUAGUUGGGUGGCGCCGGGAACUUUGGACAAUUUUUUCAUUCAAUGGGUUUCCAUUCCAAACGGGAGGCAUCGCAAGCUUUGGAAGCUUUUUUGGUUCUAUGGAGUUUGGCAUCUUUGGAAGGCUAGAAACAGACGUUUAUUUGAUGAGGAAACAGUGGAUGCUACGUCUUUGAUUUAUCUGACAAUCUACAAAGCAGUGGAGUUUCAUAGGACACAGGAUCAUGUCUGGGAUCAAACUGGGCCUGAUUUGGAGUCCAGAUGGGCUUGGAAACGCGUUUUGAAGUUUGGACCGAAAUCUGGAAGAUCUGGGAAGCGAAUUUGGGAUUUGGCGAAGGAAGAGCACGGUACCGGUUCAGAGUGUUGGCGCCGGCAGGAUAAGGCAGCGGCGGCGCCGGUUCAUUGUGGCAGCGCCGUCGGUUGCAGCGGCCGCGUCGGCAGUUCGUCGACAGCAGUUAUGGGAUUUUGUUUUGCUCCGUUCUCACUCGUGCCGGUGUCUUACGUGGCUCAGUUGGCCGAUGCUGCUUACUACUGGCAUGAUCGCUUGUGCAUGUUUCUACAUAAAUGA